CGUGCCCUGAGGGUGCCCCGUGCCACACUGAUCCCUGCUGUCCCCCAGACGGAGCGGGCGUACCAGAAGCAGCCGACCAUCUUCCAGAACAAGAAGCGGGUGCUGCUGGGCGAGGGCGGCAAGGAGAAGCUGCCGCGCUACUACCGCAAUAUUGGCCUCGGCUUCAAGACCCCCAAGGAGGCCAUCGAGGGCACCUACAUCGACAAGAAGUGUCCCUUCACCGGCAACGUCUCCAUCCGCGGCCGGAUCCUGUCGGGCGUGGUCACCAAGAUGAAGAUGCAGCGCACCAUCGUCAUCCGCCGCGACUACCUGCACUACAUCCGCAAGUACAACCGCUUCGAGAAGCGCCACAAGAACAUGUCCGUGCACCUCUCCCCCUGCUUCAGGGACGUGCAGAUCGGGGACAUCGUCACCGUGGGCGAGUGUCGGCCCCUCAGCAAGACUGUGCGCUUCAAUGUCCUCAAGGUCACCAAGGCCGCUGGCACCAAGAAGCAGUUUCAGAAGUUCUAAAAAAUCCCAAAAACGGCGUGUGGAACACCCGCGGGACAAAUAAAACGUGUAAAACCCACA